AUGUUAAAAUGCAUGAGGGGGGUUUCCCUAGCCCUUGUCUUCAGUGCCAGCGCUCGUGCAGUGAAUAUCAACUCAGACCCUCUUAUCGCGUCUGCUGGUGAUAUUGCUGCAAUCCCAGGAUGGCACCUAAAGUCGUCGGCAAAAGUGCCAGAUAACUUGGAGUUACUGUCUGCUCCAGGAGCCGAUGUAUCAUCAUGGUAUCGGGUCAGUUCUCGUGGCACUGUCAUGGCUGGGCUGAUCGAGAAUGGAGUGUACAACGAGACGGACUUGUUCUACUCAGACAACAUGAAAUCUAUAGCCAAUACCUCCAUUUUCGAGGUACCCUGGCUUUACCGCGAAGAGUUCACUCUGAAACCAUCCGAUGGCCAAUAUUUCACGCUCAAAACCCACGGAAUCACAUCCAAGGCAGACAUCUAUCUAAAUGGGGUGCUCAUUGCCUCAAGUGAUGAGCAGCAAGGGUCCUACGGCGGCCACCAGUACGAUUUGACUGAUCACAUAGAAGAAGGUGUCAAUUGCCUUCUUAUUCGUGCGUUUCCAACCGACUACCUUCGUGAUUUCGCCAUGGGUUUCGUGGACUGGAAUCCAUACCCCGCCGAUAACGGCACUGGCGUAUGGCGAAAUGUCGAGCUUUCUCAGACUGGAGCAGUCUCCAUGUCUGCAUUUCAUAUUCUCACGGACUUUACUCAGCCCGAUAAUGAGCCAGUGAAGGUCACUCUUCGGACUGAUUUGACCAACCAUGGAUCGACAGGUCACCGGGUCAUAGUGAAUGGCACCAUCAAAGGGCCAGAUGGCUCUGUGGCUGUCCAAAUCAGUGAUACCUUUGAAUUGAAGUCAAACGAGAGAGAAAAACAGAGCCCUGAUAUCUGGUGGCCUGCCCUUUGGGGUAAGCAGCCUUUGUACACAGUGCAAGCCGAAGUCUCCAUACAGGAACCUCAGAUCGCGGUGUCAGAUAGGUCUGGCAGCCAGCAAUUUGGGAUUCGACAUGUGUCAUCAACGUUGAAUAAGUUUAAUGACACCGCAUUUUUUGUCAACGGCCAGCCCUUCCAGGUCAUCGGAGGUGGGUAUGGACCGGAUAUCUUUCUGCGAUUCAAUCUUGACCGAAUCCGGAAGAUUUUCUCCUAUAUGCUGGAUAUGGGGCUCAACACUAUACGACUGGAAGGAAAACAAGAGCACCCGGAAUUUUAUGAGCUCGCAGAUCAAAUGGGAAUGAUGGUUCUGGCCGGGUGGGAAUGUUGCGAUAAAUGGGAAGCUUGGGAGUAUAAUGAAGACGUCAGCGCCGUUUUCUGGGGAGAAUCAGACUACCCGAUUGCGAAGGCAGCAAUGUUGCACGAGGCGGACAUGAUGCAAAGUCAUCCUUCGCUACUUGGAUUCCUGAUCGGGUCAGACUCGUGGCCAAAUGAUGAAGCCACCAAGAAUUAUCUAGAUGCACUCAAGGAGAUGGAUUGGCCCAACCCGAUUAUUGCAUCGGCCAGCAAGCGUGGCUACCCAGAGGCUCUUGGACCCUCCGGAAUGAAAAUGGACGGACCGUACGAUUGGGUGCCUCCAAAUUACUGGUACAAUAACAAAGAGGGAGCGGCCUAUGGAUUUGGAUCUGAACUUGGUGCCGGUGUCGGAACUCCUGAGAUGGGUAGCCUGAAAAAGUUCAUGUCUGACGAAGACCUUGAAACAUUUUGGACAAAGCCAGAGGCAAAUCUGUAUCACAUGUCGCGCCCUCGCUCGCCAUUUGACGAUCGGCAUCUUUACAAUGAGGCUCUGUUUGCCCGAUAUGGAGAGCCAUCUAGCCUGGAAGACUACAUAGUCAAAAGCCAGAUGGCAGACUAUGAAGCAACCCGAGCUCAGUUUGAAGGCUACUCAACGCAACAGAAUGCCACGCGACCCGCGACAGGGCUUGUCUACUGGAUGUUAAACAGCGCCUGGCCAAGUUUGCAUUGGCAGUUAUUUGAUUACUACCUCAGCCCUAUGGGAGCCUACUUUGGCACCAAAGUCGGAGCGCGCAUGGAGCACGUGGCUUACAAUUAUGAGAACCAGGAUGUUUGGCUGAUCAACCAUUCGCCUGAAAAGAAGGGAAAUCGGCAGAUUCAGGUGGAUCUCAUCGAUACAGAAGGCAAGAAAUUAUCCAGUGCCAAGUCCACGACAAACACAACACCCCUCUCGUCAAAGGCCGUGACUUCGCUUGACGCAAUUGACAAGAUUAAAGACGUUGGUCUCCUUCGCCUUAUUCUCACCGAUACCAAAUCCAAAGAAGUCCUUAGUCGCAAUGUCUACUGGCUGACGUCUACCACGGAUGUAUUGGACUGGUCGGAGUCUAAUUGGUAUACCACACCAGUGACCGAUUUUGCCAACUACACCAAGCUGGACUCACUGAAGCCCGCCACUUUGAAGGCUUCACUUCGUAGCCUCAAGACUUCAAAGGAAGAUGACUUGACCCAUGCUGAGUUUCUGCUUGAAAAUACGUCAGCGAGGCCGGCAGUGUUUGUUCGAUUGAAUGCCAUAAACACACUCGGAAAGACAGAGAUAGCACCAAUCUAUUGGUCUGACAACUACGUGACUCUUUGGCCAAACGAAAAGCUUCGCUUGACUGUUGCAUUCGAAGGAGAUAUCCAGAAUACUCUGAUUGAAAUCACCGGAAGGAAUAUGAAGAAAGUCACGCUGAAAUUUUAA